UCGUGGAUUCAUCAGAAAAUGCUGGCCCUGUUUUGUUUCCUGCUGAUGCUCAGAAUGGGGCACAGCAUCGAUGAUCAUAACUUUGUCACAGAGACUGUUGGUGUCGGACAAAAUGUGACUCUCACAUGUACUCGCCAGAGAUCUUCUCACAAGGAAACCUUGUACUGGAUCAGACUUGUUUCUGGAAAAUAUCCUGAAUUCAUGGGAGGAACACAUACUUUUGAUUAUGAUGGUGUUAAUAAGACUCCUUACAUUACAACAAAACAAGGGCCUGGAGCUUUCAUUCUGCAAAUUCAUGAAACUCAGCUAAGUGACUCUGGUUUUUACUACUGUAUAAAAGUUAACCAGCUCAACAUGGAAUUUGUGAACACAACAUUCCUGAGAAUCAAAGGACCAGAACCAGAUAUCAAUGACAUCAUUCAAGUCCCUCCAUCUGAUCCAGAACAUCCAGGAGACCCAGUGACUCUGCAGUGUUCAGUCCUCUCUGACUCUGAGAAGAAAACGUGUCCAGAGCAACAACACAGAGUGUUCUGGUUCAGAGCUGGAUCAGAUGAAUCUCAUCCCAGUUUCAUGUAUGCUGAUGGAAACAGUCAAGAUGAAUGUGAGACCAAUCCUGAGGCUCAGUCUCCUCAGAAAUGUGUCUACAGCUUCUCUAAAACCGUCACCUCCUCUGAUGCUGGGACUUAUUACUGUGCUGUGGCCACAUGUGGACAGAUAUUAUUUGGAAACGGAACAAAAUUGGACAUCAAAGUAGCCAACAUGUGGGAUUUGGAGACAGCCAAUACAGCUCUCUUUCUGGUAUCUGCUGCUUUGGCUACAAGUCUGAUUGUUAUAGCCUUUCUCAUUUAUAAUCUCAAGAAGAAAACUUUCCACAAUGGUAAUGCAAGUUUCCCGCACUUCAGUGUGUCUAAAAUAUUUUGCCAAAGGUCGCUCUGAGUUUUGCAUUAUUUAAUUGUGUAAUUUAACUAACACCAUUUUGAAUCAUAAAUCCCUGCAAACAGAUUCUGCAGCAGCCAGUGGUCAUCAGGAAAGACCACAGAAGGAUUUAGACACAUGGAUUUAUUCUGCUGUUACCUUUACUGUGGUAAAGACUGACAGUGGUGCAAUAAAGGAGGCCAAAGCAGCAGAGAGAGAGAGGAUCUACACUGCUGUCAAGGCUUUUGGACUGGAUUAGUGAGUUAACAGAUGUUUGGCAGCUGUUUGUAUUUAGUAAUGUAGUGUUGUUUGUUUACUGCUGAAGGGCUUUAAAAAGUAUUUUUUAAAGGCAACGUAAUAUGUUUUUUUUUUCAAGCAGAUAUGUAUAAACUGUGCUGUUUCUCAUUCUGGAAGGUGAAUGCAGAUACUUGUUUUUAAUGUAAAUGACAGAACUCAGGUUUUUAUUGGAGCAUCAAGUGUUUAAGGCACAAAGAGCGUGCACAAAUGCUGUCAACAGCAAAGUUCUCACUAUGAUUUCUCAGCUUUUUUCCCCACAUUUGUUGUCAUUCUUCAUCACAACUCUCCAUUAAAGUCUAAAGAAAUCUUCAUGUUAUUACUGCCAACAGUUACUAUGUUGUGUAUCAGUAUCAGGAGAAGGUAUUUACCAUGGUGUGUUUCUGGAAAUAAGUUUCUUAUAUCAUCAUCUGUAAAUCUUGUUUGGAGA